AUGCUCGCAAUGCACAUCACAGACGCGAAUUACGGGAUGGGAUACCAGACCAAAGAACUACCCAUUGCCAACAGCAUCUUCCUAGCUAAGCUGCUCAUAGCUUACCAAGCUGUGUACUACGCCGCCGUCUCCAGCGUCAAGCUAUCCUACCUCUUGUUCUACCUACGCUUUUUCACACUAAAGGAACAUCGUAUCUGGGUGUGGAUAUGCAUGGGCUUGGUCGUUGCGUACUGGCUCGGUAGCAUGCUUGCGACUUUUCUUUUGUGCACGCCUCUCGAGGCGAACUGGAACCCUCUCUUGUCCAAAAAGUACUGCCCGGAUCACAAACACAGCACGGCAUUCGUUGCGACUGGCAUCUUCAACAUGAUAACCGAUCUGAUCAUCAUCCUGUUGCCUAUACCAUUCAUCCGAAAACUACAAAUGACUCGAGGUGCCAAGAUCGGCUUGGUGGCGAUCUUUGCAAUAGGUCUACUGUACGAGACUCUUGGAGCUGCUUGUCUAGUUCAUGUCAGCUGA